AUGACGCGAGAUUGGACGUCGAACUCGGACCUCCCCGGCUCCCCAGGGAAGGUCCCUGGCUUCCACGCCCCUUCCCUUGGUAGUCGACCAACGGAGUACGAUGUCUAUGAAGGCAUUCCUUUGAUUUCCUCUCAGACGUCGCCUGCCACAAUAACCCACGUUGAGGAUUUCCAUUCCAUGAACGACUUCCUUUGGAUGCAUCAAGUACUUGCCGCCGAGUAUGAGCCCGACGCUGCGCUUGACGCAUCGCUCGAAGGAAUGAAAGAACUUCCAAUUUUCGACACCAUCCACGAUCGCAUCGGAAACGAGGACAUCACGUCCCGCUCCCACAUUUUCCCAACGAUCCGUACCGCUGAACCUACACUGGUCGCAUCCAGCAGCCGUCAGUCCAUGCCUCAUGACAGCCAGCAAUGCUCAAGGAAGUAA